AUGGGAGCGUUCAUUGCCAAACUACUGCUGCCCACGGUAAGCAGCCUCGUCUUCCUACCCACAGCCAGCGUCGCGGCAAAGCGUGGAUUUCACCUUGAGGCCAUGGUCUACUUCUUCACUAUGUUCUUUGCCACGAUCUUCCACGCCUGUGAUGGACCGGGGCUGUCCAUCAUCUGCUUCAUGAGGUACGACGUUCUGGAAUACUUCACUGUGUACGGCACGGCACUCUCCAUGUGGGUCACGCUCAUCGCUCUAGGGGAGUUUGAGGAACCGCAGCGGUCCAGCAUCACCAUGUUCGGGGUCCUGACCAUCGCGGUGCGCAUUUACCAGGACCGGCUCGGCUAUGGCGUCUACUCAGGACCCAUCGGAUCAGCUGUACUUAUCCUCACUGUGAAAUGGCUGCAGAAGAUGAAGCAGCAGCGCUCGUUGUACCCAGAGAAGAGCGUCUACACACAGCAGGUGGGACCGGGCUGCUGCUUCGGAGCUCUGGCCCUCAUGCUACGCUUCUACUUUGAGGAAUGGGACUACGCCUAUGUGCACAGCUUCUACCACCUCUCUUUGGCCAUUUCAUUUGUGCUGCUGUUACCGAAGAACAACCGCUUUGUAGUGAAGGGACAGAGUGCAGUGAAGCUCUCCUGGUGCACUCUCUGUUGCUGUACUUUGUCCCCAGGUUCGACUAAAGAGAUGACUGAGAAAAUUGUGAAGAAAAAGAAGAGCCAAUCAGUGUGGUCAAUUCCCAUAAAGAAAAAAGACAAGGACACGCCCACUCUGCCGCUGUUCCACACUCCGUCUCCCGUCAAAGGGACCAAUAUCAGUCGCCUCAAGGAGCUCAAUGGCUGGAAGUGA